UUCCUGCAUGCUGGUCCUCAUAUGACCAGAGCCCCAUUCGCAGCGGAAGGGAUGGCUGCGGCAACUUUGAUAGUAUUGAGUUUAUUAUUAUGGCAUUCCAAGACAGAAAGAACAUCACAUGGUUCCACUCCGAACAUUAUCAUCAUGCUCAUGGAUGACAUGGGGUGGGGGGACCUUGGAGUGUUGGGGCAGCCCUCCAAAGAGACCCCCAAUUUGGAUGCUAUGGCAGCUCAGGGAAUGCUCUUCACCAACUUCUACACGGCAAACCCACUUUGCUCACCAUCCAGAGCAGCACUUCUCACUGGAAGACUUCCUGUCAGAAAUGGUUUCUACACAACUAAUGCCCACGCCCGGAAUGCAUAUACACCACAGGAGAUAGUAGGAGGAAUCUCCAAGGAUGAGAUUCUGUUGCCUCAGCUGCUGAAGAAACAAGGUUAUGUGAGCAAGAUAGUUGGCAAGUGGCAUCUGGGCCACAGACCACAGUACCUUCCUCUGGAGCACGGUUUUGAUGAAUGGUUUGGUUCUCCAAACUGCCACUUUGGGCCCUACAACAACAGCGUCAGACCCAACAUCCCCGUAUACAACAACUCUGAGAUGCUUGGAAGAUACUUUGAGGAAUUUCAGAUCAACGUAAAGACUGGCGAGUCAAACCUGACUCAGCUGUAUUUGCAGGAGGGUCUGGACUUCAUUCUUCGUCAGGCUGAAGCUAAGCAGCCCUUCUUCCUCUACUGGGCAGCUGACGCCACCCACGCCCACGUCUACGCCUCCAAACCCUUCCUGGGGAAGAGCCAGCGAGGCCUCUACGGCGACGCGGUGAUGGAGUUGGACUACAGUGUGGGUCAGUUGUUGUCGCUUCUACAGAAACUGGGAAUCGACAAAAACACCUUUGUCUUCUUUACGUCAGACAACGGAGCAGCUCUAAUAUCAGCCCCACAUCAAGGUGGCAGCAACGGGCCGUUCCUCUGUGGGAAGGAGACCACGUUUGAGGGCGGCAUGAGGGAGCCCGCCAUCGCCUGGUGGCCAGGACACAUCAAGGAAGGCACGGUGAGUUUGCAAGUUGCUAACGUAAUGGACCUGUUCACCACCAGCCUGGCACUAGCCGGCAUCAGCGCUCCUGCUGACCGAAUCCUGGAUGGACUGGAUCUCACGCCGGUGCUCUUAAACUCCUCAAAAGAACUUGAAAACAGACCUGUAUUUUACUACCGAGGGAACGAGCUGAUGGCGGUGAGAAUCGGUCAGUACAAGGCUCACUACUGGACCUGGAUCAAUUCGUGGGACGAGUUUAAAAGUGGUGUAAAUUUCUGUCCGGGUGAAGAGGUCCCGGGUGUGACGACUCACGAUCAGACAGAACACUCUCUACAGCCACUCGUUUUCCACCUGGGGCGGGACCCUGGAGAGAAGUACCCACUCAGGUCAGAGAGCAGCAGCAAGACCAUGGAUGUGGACGCGUCUUUUCUCAAAUCCAGGAGGGGAAUCGUAAAAGUGGCAGAGAUGGGAACUCUUUUUGUUGCAUUUGUGUGUUUCGCUGUGGCGUCUGCUCCAAAGUACAUUGCAGCCACACUGUUGGAGUUACUGAUCACGUUACUUUUGCUGCUUCUGUACGUUCUGAAGCUCAACAAGAAGGUGGCGUUUUUCUUUUGGCCUCUCGUUGAUGCUUUAAAUUCAGUCUUUGCAGCGGUCUACCUUACCAUCCUGAGCCUGAUUGCUCUGACCUCAUCUAACAUCCCAGUCACACUGGCUGGAGGGGUUUUGUGUCUCCUAUCAGUAGCACUGCUCUGUGCAGAAAGCUACACACUCUUCAAGAUCAUCACAUUCAACAAACCAAGAAGUGAAACUGAAACACAAAAUCAAGUUCACCAAUAAAUAAAUACAGGAACUGGAUUAAAGCUGCAUGAAGUCUAAUCAAAAA